ACGAAUAAAUGUUAGUUCAGUUGAUUAAAAAAAAGCCUAGAGGUAUGGGAAAUUUCGCGAUCCUUACCUUGUUUCUCCUUUUCCUUGCCAUCAUAAUCACAGACACAGAAGCAUCGUCUUGCAAUGGCCCAUGUGAAACCCUAGACGACUGUGUGGGUCAGCUUAUUUGCAUCAAUGGCAAAUGCGACGAUGAUCCUCAAUCUGAUACCCAAAGUUGCACCAACUCCAAUGUCGACGGCAAUAAUUGCCAGUCCAACGGCCCUUACUCUCCGCCUUAUAACUUGGCUGGCACGCGCGCCAUUCUCACCGUCAAUGACUUUGGUCCCGGCGGUGAUGGCAGCGGCCCUUCUGAGUGCGACAAGAAGUUCCACCCUAAUGGACGAGUUGUUGCCCUGUCCACCGGAUGGUAUCACAAUAGGUCGCGAUGUUUUAAGAACAUCCGAAUCACGGCGAACAACGGCCGAAGCACGGUGGCAAAGGUGGUGGACGAGUGUGACUCGGUGAACGGGUGUGACAAGGAACACGCUUAUCAGCCACCAUGCAAAAACAACAUAGUGGAUGCUUCAGAUCUUGUGUGGAAGGACCUGCAACUGGAUACGGCUGAGGGUGAAGUAGCCGUUACUUGGACCAUGGCCGCCUGAGAUUAUAAUUAUAAUUUUAUUUUCUUUAAGCACAUAAAAUUAAAGCUUGGUGUUAUAUAUUCUGAGCUUAGUUUAUGUUUAAGGAUAUAUGUGUGCUACUUAGCUCGAUGGAGAAUGAGAAAGCUAUAUUGUCUGACAUGAGUUCCCCCUCUAGUUGUCCUAUGUAUUCCUUAUUAUCUCUUGGGUGAAUAUGUUUCUUG